AUGCCCCAAAUGCGGACGCGGGUAACGGCCGAGGAGUAUCGCGAGUUCCUGUCCCUUGGUCACGGCGAGAUCUUCUCCCUGGACAUUGAUCGUGUUGUUGAUGCACCGUGGAGGAUCCCGGGCAUUGAUCCUUCUGACUUUUUCAACUACGGCCUGAAUCAGAGGACGUGGAAGGAGUACACUGCCCGCAUAGAGAAGUUUCGCCAAGAGUUCACCAUGCAGAACCGGAUCCAGACCCUGGAUCAGGCCCUGCCCGGCCGGCAGGAAGCCACUGGCGCCACGCGGUACCCCAAGUCUGCCCCAUCAGCAGCGAGCAGCGUCGCAGAGGCGAUGUACCGGGCCUCUGUGACCAGCGAGAGGCCGGCGCGUGUCACCCAUGGGCGCUCCGGCAGUCCCUGGGACCACAUCAUCGUGCUGACGGAUGGGUUGCUGCCCCCAGACCCCGCACCUACCUCGGUGGCUGUGCUUUCUGUCUACUACUGGGCGGAGCUCCGACAUGUCACCUGGUCAAAACCCAACCAGGACUCGGCAGCCCAGACACUCUCCGAAGACUUGGUGAACGAGCUGAACGCCCAGCGUGAGGCCUUCCUCGCUGGAGUGCAAAACACGACUGUCCAGAGCAAUUGCAAGGCGGACAAUACCUCCGAGUACCUACCCCGGCUCGUCGAGCACGGAACAUGGCGCAGCGCGCACAGGCGCGACGCACCAAGUGUCACGCUCGUCACCCAGCUCUCCCUGGAUCGGCUGGACAUGCUGGACGGGCAGUGCGCGACGUACGCUGGCGUGAUUGCUGCAGCACUCUACGUUCCCCUGGUCAGGGGAGAGGGGGUGGUGUCACCAGCCGCCAAGGAUUAUGAUGGGGAGCCCCUUGCUGCGGCCUCCCGAGCCCUCUCGGACUUUCAUAAGGCGAUGGAGCAUACGGCUGCGUGCACCCUGGAUCUGCAGCUGGUGGGCGAGGAGUUUGACACCAGGGCGGAGGCCGGGCUGUAUCCCUUCAAUGCCAUCAGGAACAGAGCUCUGAUGCUUGCCCAGACGGAGGCAAGCCGGGGGGCGAUUGUGCUUCUGCUGGACGUGGACUUCAUGCCCUCUUUCUUCCUCUCAGAGGAACUGCAUGAGCAGGAGCAGUACACCAGGCUGCGCGAGCGGUUGCGCCAGGGCCGAGUGAUGGUCCUCCCUGCCUUCGAGAUGUCCCGGCAGGAGGACGGCAGGGAGGUGGUACACAAGCUUGCGCAAGGCGGCAAGCCUGCACUGGCCAAGGCAUACACCGGCGGACAGGUGGCCGGAUUCCAGAUCAAGCUGUGGAGCCGGGGUCACAUGGUCACAGAUUAUACCAAGUGGUGGACCGCCACAGAGCCGUAUGCCGGCUACGAGCCCUACAUACUGGUCCUGCGAGAGCAUGUUCCCUGGUAUGACGAGCGUUUCCGUGGAUAUGGCAGAGACAAGAUUGUGCACCUGAUGCACCUGGCAGCACUGGGCAUGGCCUUCGACGUCCAUCCCAGUCAGUAUGUCAUCCACAUUCCCCAUCCCAAAGCGCCGACCUACAGAGCAACAAAGCGCAGCAAGCAGUGGGACUAUCUCCACAACCUGUUUGCGGAGGUGCAAAUAGACAUCUCAACCGGAAACUGGACCCCGGUCACCUCGUUCGCUGAUCUCUGCAGAGAGGUCGGGGCUCGUGAUAGCCUUAAACCUGUAUUGGCAAGAUUGUCUGCUUCUAUCGACGACUCGAUAUAA